ACAGUUUAAAAUAUUUUUUAUUUAUACCGAACGCAUACACACAUUUUUUUAGUUUUAAAUUAUCGAAAUGGAGGAUAGUGAUUUCGAGGGUGAUGAGUUUCAUAGCGAAGAAGAACGACCCGCGGAGGUUCUCGAUCCGGAAAACCCGGAACAUUUUUUUCCGAUUGUGGAACGAGAUUUUAACAAGACAAUUGCAAAUCUCGAGCAAAACCCAGAGGCUCUCCCGUUCACCGAAGACUUCAACAAACUCUUCGAAGCUUUCUUCCAGACUUAUUCCAGACAGAAGGAACUUGAAACGCUUGCCGAAGACAUGACAUCGGAUCUAACGGACAAAGCCCACAAAAUCGAGCUGUCCUUGAAACUAGCCGAUGAAGAUCAGAGGACCAUCAUCGAGCUACGACGGCAGAUAGAAAACGCUUGGAAGCUAGCUGAUGCUGCUCAUGCUAGAGAGCAGCUGGCUCAUGAGAUUAUUGACAAUUUGAGGCGACAGGUGGAGAAUUUGAAUGCUGAGAUUGAGUUUAAGAACAAAAUGAAUCAGGAUACGGAUGAAACCGGAGAACUCAGCAAACACAAAGACGGUCUAGAAAGAGAAAGAGAUCGAUUGGUAAACGAAGUGACGCAGUUGACCACCAAGCUCCAGAAUGCAGUUACGUACCAAGAGGAACUGGAGAAGAAAAACUCCGAAGCUGAUAUGAAAAUCAACGAAAUAGCAGGACAGUUAGAAGAUCAAACCCAAGAAACCAACCGUCAGAAGAGAUUUAAAGAGAAACUAGAAGGAGACAUACAAGACGUCAAGUUUAAACUUGACGAAAAAGAUAUUCACAUCCAUGAACUUAAUGAAACCAUAAAGGAUCUAGGAAAGCAAAUAGCUGUUUUGCAUAAAGACAUUAAGGACUGGCGAUAUGCACAUGAUAAGUUGUCCAAGGAAUUGGAAGCAACUCUGAUGAAGCUGGCCAAGCUGACAGACGAACAUAACACUUCUUUGUUUGAGGUGGAUGCUGUGAAGAAAGCAUUGCAUGAGAAAUCUAUAGAUAUGAAGGUAUUACAAGACGAAAGUACCCGUUACAAAAAUGAUCUGUCGAAAGCUCAAAAAGCAAGAGACUUACUGGAAAAGAGAGUACUGGCAAUUAUCAAAGAAAGAGACGAAACUACGAUAGAUAGAAACAACCUCCGACAGAGAAUAGGUAUCUUUGAGAAAGAAAUAGAGGACUUUAAAAAAUACAUAGACGAAGAUAAGAGAACAAUAGAAACACUGGGAAAGGAAAAAGACGUUCUUAACAAAACUAUUCAAAGGCAACAAGUCGUCCAAAAAGACCACCAAAAGCUCAUUCACAUUCAAGAACAGUCCAAGAAGAAACUGGAAUUGGAACUGGACUUGUUCUUCAUCGAAAGCGGGAAACAUAAAAAACUCAUCACCCAGUUGGAAAGAGAAAGAGAUAGACUUGCUGAAGAACAGCUGGAUUUGACCAAUACCAUACAAGAUCAACUGGAAGAUAUUCGUCAGAAAAAGGUCUUCAUUUUUGAUCUGAAAAAGGAAGCAUCUGAAAGAGAUAACAAAAUCAGACAGCAACAAAAUAUGUACGAAGCCAUGAGGUCCGAUAGAAACGCUUUGCAGAAGCUGCAUCAAGAAUCAACUGCCGAAGCUGGGGAACUGAAGAAAAAGCUAAGAUUGGUAUCGCAUCAGAUCGAGCAGCUGAAGGAGAACAUCGGGCAGAAGGAGAAGCAGUUGAUUAAGGACGAGAGCAUUGUGAGAAAGUUGACAAAAGAAAAGGAACAGUUAAAAAUAGAGGUCAUGACAGGCCUGGAUCAGAUCCGCGUCUUGAGAACCGAUAAUAAGGAACUGCACGAAGAAGAGAAAAGGCUUCAUAAAACCUUAGCUAAUCUGAAUCGAACCAUCAAAGAACAAGCUAAGGAUCUGGAACAACUGAUGAACGAACGGGACGUCCUGGGAUCACAAUUAGUAAGAAGGAACGACGAGAUUGCGUUGCUUAACGAGAAAAUUGUUAUUUUGCAAGCUACGCUAACAAGAGGCGAAACUCACUACGAACUAAGACUUGACGACAUACGACUGCUGAAACUAGAAAUCAAACGUUUGAGACAAGAGAAAGGACAUAUUUCCAAAACCAUGGCAAGUAUGGUAGAGCUACGACAGGAGGUGUUCCAUUUAGAAAGAGACUUGACCAGAAGCAGGUUGAAAUGCAAGGCUCUGGAGCAAGAGGUACAAAAUCCCCUCAACAUUCACCGAUGGAGGAAGCUGGCUGGAUCUGAUCCCGAAGUGUUGGAUCUCUUGCAGAAGAUACAAAUAUUACAAAAAAGAUUGCUGCAGCAAGGUUCGCUGGCCGUCGAAAGAGAGAGGCAGUUGAAGCAGGCGGAAAGGUUGUAUCUCAAUUUGAGGAAAGUUGUGGCACGGCAGCCGGGACCUGGGAUACAGGAAGAGUUGUGCAAGACUCAGAGAGCCUUAAAAUCGAGAGGGAAUAAGUUAAAGUGUAUGGUAUCCGAGCUAAACAUGGCAGAUUUCAAAGCAAACGAAUACAAAUCGGACCUACAAAGAGUCACCGAAGAAUUAGCCGAUUUAAAAAAGAAAUAUUUGGCGGAAAAAAAGGCAAACAGAACCCUGCGCAUGGCGUAUGAAUCUAGCCGAGAGUUGAACCAAGGCCGGUCAAGUAGCGGCGGCACCGGCGAAGUGAAGUUUACUGGUGGCGGUUUUCGAAUGUCAGUCUCCCAAAUUUCAACAAAAUAAACAAAAGUAAACUAUUUUCAUACAAAAUUCUACAUCUAUCACGUUCGCUGAACAUUCCAGAUUUC